GGGGCCUUUUACAAAAGGGCGGUUUCACAACUAUCAACAAGACUUGGCAUCUGCCCUCAUCUUUUAAAUCCUCGGGUUCUACCUGACGAUACAGAGCUUCUGCAAACGUUUCGAGUCCUCGGAAGAUUUUUGAAACCGCUGAUUUUUUUAAUUUUUUUUUUUAAAUUUUGCCUUUGUCCGUAGACGUCAAUCUUGGAAUUGCGCGUUUCUCCAGCCUCCUAUGAAUUCUUGGAGGACUAUUAAAGAAUCGGGGGGAAACACCAGAAUGUUUGCGUGAUCGCGUCGGCUGUCACGAGCAAGUAUCCCGCUGUCUCCUGCUCGUCUGGAGCGUCCAUUCAGCCGCCUCUCUUAGUCUACGCCUCGCGCCUCCACGCCUCGCGCCUCGUGGACUGUUCGUUUAACCCCCCCCACUCACCGACGAGACAAACAUUUCAGCCAUGGAGCUGAGUUCCGUGAUUUUAACCACCGGGAGCUCCGUCGGGUUUUUCCGACUGGUGAACACCGGGGUCAGUAAACUCCCCAUGCCCGAGUCUGCGCGCAGGAAUGCGUGGAAAUGGAGGAAUAUCUCCACGUCGUUCGUGCACAGCUUCAUCACGGCGAUAUGGGCAGUUCUUUGCUUUUUCCUGCACCCUCAGAUGGCUGAAGACCUCAUAGAAACUUUCUCUUGGUUUUCCCACGCCUUGGUGUCCUUUUCCAUUGGUUACUUCAUCUACGACUUUCUUGACAUGGUGGUUCACCAAAAGCUGAGUCAAUCCUGGGAGCUCCUCUUUCAUCACAUCGUGGUCAUCACCUGUUUCGGCCUCUCUGUCCUGUCCAACCGCUACCUGGGCUUCGCCGUGGUGGCUCUGCUGGUGGAGAUCAACUCGGUCUUCCUCCACCUGAGGCAGAUCCUGCGUAUGGCGAGCAUGGCCUCGGGCACGCUGUACCGAGUGAACAGCAUGAUCAACCUGGGCACGUAUGUGGUGUUCCGCAUCAACACGUUGGCCUGGAUGACCCGCUGGCUGGUGCUCAACAGGGACAAGGUGCCCCUCCUGGCCUACACGCUGGGAAGCGUUGGCAUGGCCAUCAUGACCGCCAUGAACAUCGUUCUCUUUUGCCGGCUGCUCAGGAGCGAUUUUUUAAAAAGCAGCACCAGGGAAACCAAGAAGGAAAAAGAAACGUAGAACUGGAAUGUUUCUUUCCUCCAUGCUAACACCCUGUGGCUGAGAUUUGGUACUGUAUUGCCUGUGUGUAAUGUACCCCACCCUGGGAAACGAACACCAGUCAACAUGCACUGCGUUUCCAAAAUGCCUCACUUUACCGCCUUUAUACUGACAGAAGCAUCUUGCAGUUUUGACCUUCUAGCCUCUCUGUGCUCGCGUGCACGUUCACCCGAACUGUGCCAGGCCUUGCAAAGUGGAACCAAACGCCUUAACAUCUCACCGGGUAAUUCAGAUAAACUUGAUCUCAAAGGAGACACACCGCUUAUAAAAAUAAAAAUAAAACUGAACAAAAUGGAUAAAUUGGUAGAACAAGCCCUUAAUGUAAGCUAUAAGUACAUAUAUAUAUAUAUAUAUUUACUUCUGUUAAAAAAAAAAAAGCAUUACUCUUAUUUCGAGCUCGCCACCUCUUGGUAACUUCCGCCAAAUCUCAAGUAUAAACCGCCUGCUACCUCAGAGAUCCCUCAGCAGUCCUUCGCCUCUUUCUAACGCCUCACUUUGCUGCCUCCUAAUUCUUAGCAAAGAAAGGCAAAAAUAUCUACAGGUUGGUCAACUUUACAGAAAUAUCCCAUAAAUGAAGGUCAAGUACUUUGAAGAAGCACUUUGCUUGCAUCAGCAUAUCCUCUGUAGCCAUCUAAGUGUUAAGGAAUUAACAGAGCAACACUUUUUACCCUCUUUUUAAGAUACUCAAGGAAUGCAGAAAUCUACAGCAAGUAGAUUGAGAUUCGGUCAGCUUUAGACUUUGGGUUUGGCUGCAACGGGGAGAGCGGAGAAAAACAAAACUAAAACCUUGUCCCCCAAAUGUGCCAUCCAUUCUCCAGAUGCCAUACGUCCCCUGGUUCCCGCCGGCCGAUGUGACAACACUUGAAUCCUGUGAAGUGGCUAAAGAUUGUGCUGCACUGACGUUAAUGUCUCAUCCCAUCACACGUCAUGAUGGCUUUCAGAGUUUUGAGGCAGGUAAAGGUUCUUUAACAGAUAGAGGGCAGUACACUCCUUGAUAUCACCACUGUGACCUUCACACAAUGAAACGAAAACUUGCAGACUGUUUUGGAAAGCGGUGUCAUCACAGCUUUUGUUUUAAAAGACGCCAUCACACGCGGACAGACGCUGCGUUUCAAAUUUCCCUGGACCCGUGAACGCACCGCGGCCUGCUCUUUUCAUGAAAAUAUUUGAUGCUGUUUAGAUUUUAAAUAGUUGCUUUUUGUGUUGCAUAAUUAGUGUUUAGAGAACUGUGCGUCCUUGUCAUUUAUGUGAGCUAAAAUCAACUGGUGGAUUCUAGAUGAAAUGGGUUUUUGGGGAGCUUCGCUGUUGUUAGGAUGCAGAACGUGUGGAGUACUGUGAAGCUGAUGUGGUUGUUUUGAUGUUGGGGAGUGCUGUGCCACCACUUUGUGUGUGUGUGUGUGUGUGUGUCGUGUCCCCCUCCCCGGCUGCAUGGGCGUCAGUGGGAGUCAGCAGAGGUUUUAAUCAUCUGUAGGAGCGCUGGAACCAAUGAAGAGGCACGAACCCUACAAACCGUUUCUUUGCCUCCAUCCGAAGUAAACUUUGAAUGUAUUUUGGCUUGUGAGUCUCCAGCAAAUUAAAACUAGCAAAACACAAAAAAGAAUUGUUGUUUUGUUUUUGGUUUUUUUCUGUCAGUGAUGCUGUUUUCCUUGUUUAACUUUUCGGGCAGCUUUUGUGGUUGUAGUGAAGACAGCUGAUGACAUUUGAAGUGAAAUUUUAACAAGCAAAGCUUACAGCCAUGAUUGUGAUCUGCACUGUUUUGGGAAUUGCUCAGUGAUGAAUUUUUUUUUUUUUUUUGGAAAAUGGUCUCUCCCUUUUUUAUGACAGAUUUACGGUGGGGUUUUGGUAAAAACAAGCUGAUUUCCAGCUGUCAGCACUCCACUUCCUGUUUGUUUUUUAUUUAGUUUGUGUUUUUUUCUUUUUUUUAUUGGUCCAGUUUAGAUGUCUAAAAAAUAACCUCAAGAUGAUGCUCUGUCUCAUAUUUGUGCUUUGCUGGCAUUUAAAAGUCAAAGUAUUUCCAGCUGAAGUUGCAACAGAAACAUUCUCACCGUCUUCGUCGAUGUUAAAUAGAACUUUUUCAGAACGGAAAAAAACAGAAUUUUGUUUUUCCUUCAUCAUACAAGUGGUUGCAUUUUGUCUGCUUCUUUUUUGAUUUAUUUCUUGGUGUGAAAAUCCUAACGACUGUUGAAACUGUGCAGCUUUACUUAAAGGUUUUAGCCCUUUCAAUAAAGGUGUACACUCUGAAAUAUUAAAGCAAUCAAAACCAAUAGCUGAGAGCAAAUUCCUCUACUUUCACCUCACAUGUAUCAUCUCACCGUGUAAAUAUAACAGUUUUAUUUUUAUUUUCUUUGUUAUAAAUUGUUUUGUAAUUAAAUUUCCAGUUUAUAU